AUGAGGUCUCUUCAGAAAGCCACAAACGCACGUACAGUAUCUAUCUCUGCCUAUUCAUAUUUAUCUAUCUUCAUAUCUAUCUAUAUCCAUAUCUAUAUCCAUAUCUAUCUAUAUCUAUCUAUCUAUCUAUCCACACGCGCGCGCGCACACACACACACACACGUGCAUGCGCGCAAUUUAAAAGAAGUAUCCAUCUCAUUCUGUUCGCAUCUAUCUAUCCAUCUCAUUCUGUUCACAUCUAUCUAUCCAUCUAUCCAUCACAUUCUGUUCACAUCUAUCUAUCCAUCUAUCCAUCACAUUCUGUUCACAUCUAUCUAUCCAUCUAUCCAUCACAUUCUGUUCACAUCUAUCUAUCCAUCUAUCUAUCUCAGUCUGUUCACAUCUAUCUAUCCAUCUAUCUAUCUCAGUCUGUUCACAUCUAUCUAUCCAUCUAUCUAUCUCAGUCUGUUCAUAUUUAUCUAUUUGCUGUAUGUGCUCUUCAUUAUUCCUUUAUAA